AUGCAUAUUUCAAAUGCUGGUCUUCUAUUUUUUGAUUUAGUAACCACGCAAGAACUCAGGAUUAAUAAUCACUGUAAAGGUUAGUAAAUCACAUCUUUUGCUUUGCUAUAGCCAUAAAAUAUUUGGAAUCCUUUGAAAAAUGACUAUAUAUUUUUGUUUGGUCUCGAGAAUGGCAAUUUUAUUGUAUGCAAUAAAUAAGGUAUACUUUUUUAAAAGAGUCUUUAUGAAUCUAGAGUUGAUAAGAUUCUCACAAUCAUUAACACAAAUAACUUAUUCUUAACAGUAUCGCUUGAAGACAUGCAUAUCAGAAUGUGGAGACUCAAAUUUAUUUACAAUGAAGAUGAAGAAAACUAAGACAUAUAUUAGGGUCCACUGUAAAUUGCCUUAAUAAAAUAACUCAAGGAAAUAUAAUAUACCUAGGUAUAUGCAGUGAGAAUUCCAGAUUCAAACUCUGAGAAUAAGAAUAAAACACCAAAAAAGGGUUAAGCAUCACCUAGUGUGAAAAAAAAUCCAAUAUUAGAUAUUUCGUAAAAUCAAUAGUCGCUUGAGAAUAUUAUAUUAGCUAAAGACACAUGCGAUGAAAUUGUGAUUGCAUAUGAUAAUUUUGCUAGAACUACUGUCUUCAUCUGCAAACUUAUGUUAGAGAGAGAUAAUAUCACAGAUGACUUAGCAAUAGAAGAUAAGCAUUAUGUCAUUUCAUACAGAUCAACCAAGCAAUAAGAUGAUGUAAAGAUCAAGAGGCUGAUCAAAUGCUGCAAUGAGUAUCUAAUCGUAUAGAAUAAAGAAUAUAUAAGGAUAAUAGAGAUUGGAGAAAAAACUUAGCAAUACUCAAAGCUAUUGAUCGCUAAAAUAGCUAAGUAGUUUGGAAUAAAUUCUGUUGAAUAGAUCAAGGACAUAUUUAUUACAUAGCUAUCAAGAGAUUCAUUUGCUUAUUUGUUUAUGAUAUGCUUCUAGAUAAAGGGUAAAACUCCUAUUAUGGGAUAUUUUGAUCCAAUAAAUGAAUUAUACUUCAAUCCAAUUGCUAUUGAUAACUGA